AUGGGGUUCUUUUGUAGUACAGCUGAUCCAUCUUUAUUUGUAUGCAACUCUCACCAUGGCACACUUAUUCUUCUCUUAUAUGUUGAUGAUAUGAUCCUCACUGGAGAUCAGUUGGGCGUUAUUGAUAGGUUCAUUGGCACGUUAGGCCAUGAGUUUGCUAUCAAAGAUUUAGGCACGUUACACUACUUUUUGGGUAUUGAAGUUCAGUCCUUAUUAGAUGGGAUCUUCUUAUGUCAAGCCAAGUAUAGUCGGGACCUUCUUGAUCAAGCAUUAAUGAAAGAUUGCAAGGCAAUCUCAACUCCCAUGGCAUCUAAAAGUUGUGCAAUAGCAUCUGAUAAUAAUCUUUUUUCAGACCCCACAUUUUAUAGGAGUAUUGUUGGGGCAUUACAAUAUCUCACAUUUACUCGCCCAGAUCUGUCCUACAGUGUCAACUUUGCUUGCCAAUUUAUGCAUGCUCCAACAAUUGGCCACUAUCAAAUUCUUACCUCCAAUACCUUAGACUUAUAUGCGUUCUCUGAUGCUGAUUGGGCUGGCUGUCCCAUUACAAGACGAUCUACCACUAGUUUUUAUACAUUCCUAGGUGGCAAUUGUCUAUCAUGGAGUGCAAAGAAACAAAGUACUAUUUACAGAUCAAGUGCUGAGGCAGAGUAUAGGUCCAUGGCUUCUACCACAACAUAA